AUGGACAGCAAUCCAAGCGAGAACUGGCCUCCGGCGGAACUGCAGUUCCGCCUUGCUUGCGAAGAAUGCCAUCAGCGCAAAAUCCGCUGCGAUCUCCCGCCCGACAGUAGCACAGCAACCUGCAAGGCUUGCCGUACAAAUAAACGCCGGUGUCUGUUCUCCAUUAAGAGCAAGACUGGGCGACCACGGAAACUGGCCACGGCUAACGGAGGGUUGGCGUCGGUUUCGACGCCAAGUCAGCGGCUCAAUGGGCCUGCCACGGAGCAUGUAAUCAGCCUGCAUGAGGGCGCCGGACCACCGAGAACGCGCCGUCACUUGACGGCACUAUCUCCAAGUCCACCUUUUGUUGACACUCCGGAGAAUUUGGCAGGCUCGAGAAACGGACAACCCUGGCUUCUCUCUCCAUCGCCGCCCGUGACUGGCGUCACUUUUGGGGUAACCGCACUCCAUGAGUUUGGCCAGCAAGAUCAGAAGACACUUUUUGAUAGCAUUCUCAUGGACAGUUUCGUGUUUCCGGCUCCUGAUCAGAGCGGUCCUCCAGGGGUGCCAGCCGAGAGCGAGACAGAAUUCCUUCCGGAGCUGGAGACCAACGCUCGACUUCCUCACGCCGCGCCCUCACCCGGGCCAGCCAUCCCAGUGAGCAACACGAUAUCCGACGGGCUUUGUCGAGAUGCCACAGACGACUUCACCGAAACCUUGAGCCUCUGCGCGGAAAUCCACCGCGCGUGCCAUGGCCGGCCGCUCCACUUCCUCAACAGCGCCGACCAAGAUGAGCUGGCCUCCGUCCUGCGCGUCAUAAACGACUUGGGCAGCAAAACUCACACGCUGACACAAAUCUCUCCGAAAAGCCCGGGCCGUCAGAACCGGUACAACUGGGCCAUCAUCCACGUGUCUGUGGCGGAGGCCAUUGAGAUGGCGGCAGGCUUGAUCAAGUUCAAUCUUGGGCUUCUGACAGUCCAGGGGAGCGGUGAGGGUGCUUUUGAGCAGUACCACAGCAGCAAAGACGGUGACGAGCCGCACCGCCUUGGAGACGAGGGUCCCGGCCUCGUUGGGACCCGGGGAGACGCAGCACGGGACAUGCGCCUGGAGAGCGUCCUGGCGCUCAUGCGACUGGAUUACUCGCUGAACAAGUUCACUCUCCUGGCUAUAAAUGCGCGCGACGCCACCGAGGGUGCGUCCGAUGAGCUGCACCAUGCCGUGGCGCACCUGGCCGGCUGUGUGGGGGAGGAGGACAGAGAGCCUAAGGCGUGGCAAAUUCCCCUUGUCUGCCGCUGCUGUGCGGGCGUGUCGGCCGCCCGAAUCCAACGAGUGCGCGACUUGGGCCAGGCUUUGGUGGCGAGGCUGCGUAGUGUCUGGUAA